GCAUAUACAUGAACACACCCGCAGAGUGAAACAUUGGACCAAUCAUGAUGUACUCUUUGCCUCUUACGAACAACGCAUUCACUCCAACCUCCCCAUGUGCCUUCACAUGCUUCCCCAAUUCCAAAACCCUAAAUUAUUUGAAUUUGGAAUUAAAAAAAUGACUCCAAAAUUCGAAUUUCCCAUAUUUAAUUUCAAUCCCGAUUCCGUUCGCAAACUCUUACCACAUUCUCUCUCGCGUUCUCUUCUUCUUUUCUUCCAUCGAUCUCCAUGGAUCUUCGCAGGACCAGAGCACCUUCAUCGUCGUUAUCGACGGCAGUGACAUUGACAUUCACUUGUGUUCUCUCUCUCUCCGUCUCCUCCUUCAUCUCCAUCUCCGCCGCGAAAUCAAGCACCAACAACAACAUCUCGGUCAUCGCCGUCGUCGUCGUUUCCGUCGCCGUCGCUGUCACAGCGGCGAUUCUUCUCCUGACGGCGGCGCGAGCGACGAUGGUAGCGUGGAUCACGGUGCUGGUGCUCCUGGCUUUCUCCGGCAAGCGACGCCGCGUUUUGGCGCGGGAAGGAAAGAGGAUAACGGCGGAUGUGGCGGUGGGUUUGGUGGAGGUUUUGGUGAGAGAGAAAGGUAUCGUCGCCGUGGCUUGCGCUGUCGCCGUCAGCUUCAUGGCGGUGGUUGGCGUCAGAGAGAUGUGAACCUUCGACUUAGAAAGAUGAAAAAAAAAAUCUUUUAUGGCUUUUUUGUUUAUUUUUUCUUUCCUAUUUAAUGAUAUAACCAUAUGCCAUAUGGCAUGAGAAGUCAAUGGGUUAAUUUCGAACAGAAUAGCUACUAGCAUACAUAUGUUUUUUUUAAUAAAUUGUAAAAAUCUCGUAUUUUUUUUGUAAUAUCGUAAAUUUACGGGGUGGAGAAUAUAAUUAAUAUUUGUUA